CUUACUUUAAUGGCAACCGGCACUUAAAAAAACUCUUUUUUGCUGUUGGAUCCAUAAAACGUCACUGUGAAGCAUUUCAGUCUUUCCUUUAUUUCCCCGCCACACGAAAUUCACUCUUCCCUCCCUCUUUUCCGUUGAGUUGCCCCGAAAUAUUUUCCGAUCGAAAAUGAAAAAAAGCCAAAAGAAUUACGGUCAGAUUCUUCUAAAUAAAGGAAAUGUUUCCAUUUUAUUUCCAAGUUGAUCUCUGCAAAGUGUUCAAUUACAUUCCAAUUCAGGCAGUUACUGGAAAAAAGAAUAAAUCAAAAUGGCGGUUUCAUCAGUUCGGUUGUUCAAUAGUUUAUACCCGCCAUGUGCUUCUCUUAUAGCUUACUCAACAUUACAUUCUGGGUUUCCCAACUCAUUGCGUUACAACUCGUUUCGGGUCAAGGGAGGUCUAGUUUAUUCUAUUUCCGGAUCGUCCCGGGUUCGAGCCUUAGUUAAAGGUAAAGGAGAAAGAACGGAGGAUUAUCCACUAGCCGGUGAUUCCACAGAUGACACGAAGGUUGCAGAAUCGUGGCCGAGAUCAUUACAGCGGGAUUUUGCUGGCACACCUUAUGUUCCUGUAUAUGUUAUGCUACCGCUGGGUGUUAUUGACAGGAACUGUGAGUUGGUUGACCCUGAGGGUUUGACGAAUCAGUUAAGGAUUUUGAAGUCAGUUAAUGUGGAUGGUGUAAUGAUUGAUUGCUGGUGGGGGAUAGUUGAGGCGCAUGCCCCUCAAACUUAUAAUUGGAGUGGCUACAGGAGGCUUUUUCAAAUUGUGCGUGAUAUUGGGCUUAAGUUGCAGGUUGUAAUGUCAUUUCAUGAAUGUGGAGGGAAUGUUGGAGAUGAUGUAAAUAUUCCACUCCCUCAGUGGGUAAGAGAAAUUGGGGACAGCAACCCUGACAUAUAUUUCACUGAUAGAGAAGGAAGGCGCAAUACUGAAUGCCUUACAUGGGGAAUUGAUAAGGAGCGGGUUCUAAGGGGCCGAACUGCUGUUGAGGUUUACUUUGACUACAUGAGGAACUUUCGUGUAGAGUUUGAUGAUUUCUUUGUGAGUGGAGUCAUAGCUGAAAUUGAAGUAGGAAUGGGUCCAUGUGGGGAGCUACGUUAUCCGUCGUAUCUUGUAAAGCAUGGUUGGAAAUAUCCUGGUAUUGGUGAAUUUCAGUGUUAUGAUAAAUAUUUGAUGAAAAGACUAAAGAAAGCAGCAGAGAUUAGAGGACACACUUUCUGGGGUAGAGCACCAUAUAAUUCUGGUUCUUAUAACUCUGCACCUCAUGAGACUGGAUUCUUUCGUGAUGGAGGUGAUUAUGACAGCUACUACGGCAGGUUCUUUCUUAAUUGGUAUUCUCAAAUUUUGGUUGAUCAUGGUGAUCGCGUGCUUGCUCUGGCCAACUUGGCUUUUGAAGGCACUUGCAUUGCUGCAAAGCUAUCUGGUAUACAUUGGUGGUAUAAAACAGCUAGCCAUGCUGCAGAGCUGACUUCUGGGUUUUACAAUCCUGCACAUCGUGAUGGCUAUGCUCUGAUUGCAGCAAUGUUGAAGAAGCAUGGGGUUGCAUUAAACUUCACAUGUGUUGAAUUGCGCACCUUAAAUCAGCACGAGGGCUUCCCAGAGGCAAUGGCAGACCCAGAGGGAUUAGUUUGGCAGGUGCUGAAUGCCGCGUGGGAUGUUUCCAUACCGGUUGCUAGUGAGAAUGCUCUUCCAUGCUAUGACAGAGAAGGCUACAAUAAGAUACUAGAAAAUGCCAAGCCCCGGAACGACCCAGAUGGCCGCCAUUUAUCUGCUUUUACCUACCUCAGGCUCAACCCAGCACUGAUAGAGAGACGCAACUUUGUAGAGUUUGAAAGAUUUGUCAAGGGGAUGCAUGGGGAAGCAAUAUCAGAUCUCCCAUUGAACUGAAAAACCUGCUACCACCCAAGGGGAAGGAUGGACGGGUUGCUGCUUAGGAGAAAGAAAGAUACGUAUAACUUUGUAGAUGUUCUUUUUACAUAAUUUAGGAUACGGAUGUAAAAGUAUAUGUUUUCUAUAUUGCUAUUUAGUAAGCGCAGUGUCCGUUCCUCUUGAGCCUUGACUAUUUGCUCUCUCAAAUAAAAAGCAGCGAUAAAUUAUCAUUAAUAUUUAAAAAUUAAAUUUUAAUCCUUA